UUGGCCUAACAUUAGUAUGGCGUAGGCUACUGCUCCAUCAGAUUAAGACUGUUUUGUUUCUAACUUGAACCAGAAUCUGUCUGAUGAGCCACUUUCGUACACCAAGUCGACAUUGCUUAGCUGUAAGGACAUUUAACACAGAUGUCAAGGGCACAUGGCGGUGGAGGUUUAAAAUGUUGAAAGCUAACUUUUGUCGUCUCCACCCAUUCCCUGAUUUCCUACAGUGCCGCAUUCUACAAAGAAACCACACCAACAUCUACAAAACUAUGCUACAAAUGCGACGAAAGUGACAACGAUGCUUUUUUGUUUUUACGCAUCACAGAUAGUAUCCAACUAUUUUUAUGAAGCCUCGGUGAAAUCUGCAGCUGGACUAUCUUCAGUUGGCAGCGCUGCGAUAGAUGGAGGUUUGGAUUACUACUGGAAUUCCUGCUUAAAAGGUUAUAAUCAGGUGAAUAAGCUUCACCCGCUGUCCAACAGCAGUGGUACCAUUGGGGCUGAGGGCCCACAGCCCUUGAAGGAGUGCCCUGGUCAGACCUUCCAGGUGUCAGUGCUGCUCACACAUCUGCUGGCUGCACCAGCCUACACCUCUGAUGUAUUACUGGAGCCCUAUCUGUCCAGCUGGGAUGAACUUGUGAAGUUUAUGGAUUCCAUGGGUCCAAUGGUGGGACUGAUCUCUAAAGAAAUAGAAAGCAAGACCUCUAUAAUCCGCCAUCUGGCCCUGUUGGCAGAAGAGAACCGUAAAGCACAGCUGGGGUCAGAUAUACACCCAGUGAACUCUGUGAGCUCUGAUGCUGGGAAGACGAAUGACGCAGGGGCCUCAGAGCACACAGGUGCUUACCACUCUGUGCGUUCCAUGAUCUGGGUGGAGCUGAAUCGAGGUGUGGUGAACUUCCACCACCAGACGGACUCUGGAUGCCGGACUAUUCUGCGUCUACACCGUGCCUUGCUUUGGCUGAAACUGUUCUUGGAGAAGCUGGCUGAGACACCAGUGGCCGGCCAACUCAGGAGCCCUGCAGAUCUGUGUCGUGAGGCCUACCAGAGCACCCUAGCCAACCACCACACCUGGUUGGUCCGCAGGGCUGUCGAGCUGGCCUUUACUUCCAUACCAGAAAGAAGUUUCUUCUUCAGAAUAAUGUGCGUUCAGAACCAGGAGCAGCUCAGGACAGUGCUGACCAGAGUGGUUAAGGCUACUGUUGAGGUUUAUGACAGGACACAAAAAGCCCUAGAGGAAAAUGGCAUGCUGGACUUGCCAUAGAAAGGAGAAUGGACACAGCCUCUAGUGCUGUUUUACCAUAUUUUGCACCGUCUUCGUGCCUCUAGCAUGUAGCUACGAAUGAAGUGUAAAGUCCAGGGAAUUUUUUUUUUGUUAAUAGUUACAUGCCAUAUUUUUCCCAUCAACAAUCAACUAAUACUGAAAGUCAGUUUGCUUUCAGUGUGACAGUAUUUAACCAAUUGCUUCAGCUUCUUCCCAGUUUAGAGCCAUUCUAAGGCAUCUGAUAAUGCAUUUAGUCCAAUUAAACACAGACUGAAUUAUUUAAGCAGGUGGACACAGUAAGAGUAACAUAAUCACCUGCCCUGUAACAAGUAUCACAGAGGAGGUGGGGGGAUUUCUUUGUAAUGAGAUUGUCAGAUUGUACAGUUCAGGUUUUUGUGCCCACCUCCACCCAUAUGUGACUGGUGAUUUUUGAUUAUUUAGUUUGCUAUGUCAAACUAGCUGGGUCAGGAUGCCUUGUAGCCCUAAAUUCUGGGACUAAUCUGCCUUAAUUACACACAGAAAAUCAAUAUACUAAACUGUAUGCUGAACAAAGGUGCUUCACAGCAACUGUAGUAGGAGUAUAGGGGAUUUGUUUCUCUGUUUGACACCGGUAAUAUUUGUAUCAUGAUCAGAAUGAUUAAAGAUCCUCAAAGAAAUAAAAAAAACAGGGAGAAAAUUCAGUUGCCUGUUAUAAA